AUGGCAAAAAGAAAGCCUUCCUGGCGGAGAAUCCUGUGGGAUUCAUGGGACAAGCCAGUUGAAGAAAGGAAAUUGAUAUUGAAGAUGGACCUCACCCUUAUGACCUUUGGCUGCCUGGGCACGUUCAUCAAGUACUUGGACAAAUCAAACCUCCAGAAUGCGUUUGUCAGUGGGAUGAAGGAAGAGCUCUCCCUGUAUGGGAAUGAAAUGAACUACGCCAACACCGCAUAUGCAGUUGCAAAUAUAAUUGCAAUAUGGCCAGUAAACCUCCUGCUCACUCGCACAAACCCGCGCUGGUUCAUUCCCUUCCUCGAAGUCGGAUGGACGAUUAUCACCUUCGCGCAAUCCUCAAUGACAAGACCAGUUCAUAUGUACGUCCUGCGAGCAAUACUGGCCGUAUUCGAGACCGGCCACUUCUCAGCGAUGAUGUACCUCUGCGGUGCGAGGUACCAGAAGGAGGAAUUGUCGCGGCGCAUCGCUAUCAUCAACAUGACAACCGCGAUCGGGCCCAUGUUUUCAAGUUAUCUUCAGGCUGCGGCGUAUAAUGGGCUGAACGGUGUACAUGGGAAAGCUGGGUGGCGGUGGUUGUUUAUUAUUGAUGGUGUUAUAUCAAUCGGCGUCAUCCUACCUCAGAUCCUAUUCUAUCCAGACGUCCCAGCUCGCCAGAAGCCAGAUCGUCUCUUUACAGCUAGGGAAAUCGAAAUCGCCCGAAACCGAAACCCAAAAGAAGGACGAGUCAGACAGGGCAAAUUUACCAUGAAACAGGUCAAAAGAUGGCUUUUCACCUUGGAUAUCUGGCUCCUUUGGUUAAUCUCGUUCUGCAACUGUGUCUGCCAACAACCACUGCUAUCCAUGUCCUACUGGCUAAAAGCAUGGAACGAGAUAGAGCCAGGCUCAUACACCGUCGCACAAAUAAACAACUAUACAACGCCCAUCCAAGCCAUAAUCGUAAUAAUAACCCUCAGCAUGGCCUGGACAAGCGACACCCUCCUCCACGGCCGGCGCUGGCCCCUCCUCGUCCUCGGGAGUACAUCCGCAGCCAUAAUCUUCCUCACACUGGGCAGCACACCCGUUUUCCCCGCCCACCGCGCAGGACGGUGGACACUCUAUUACCUCUCAGGCUUCUGCCAGGCAAGCAGCUCCAUGUUCUGGGCGUGGACGCAGGAUACACUCUCCGGAGACCCGGCGACGAGGGCAUUUGCGAGUGGCGGGUUGAAUGUGUGGGCUUAUGUUGCGGAUGCGACGAUUCCGUUGGGGCUGUUUAAGACUGUGGAUCAGCCGGGUGUGGUGAAGGGGAAUUAUGGCGCUGCGGGCUUUGCGGUGCUGCAUUCGCUUACUGCCCUGGGGUUGGCGUUUGUGCAGGAUCGGAGGGGGAAGGGGGGUGAGGAUAUGGAGGUGGAGGUGGAGGAUGGGAAUAAGAGUGCGUCUGUGGUGAGGGAGUCUACAGUUUAAUUCUAUAUUAAAAAAAAAAAAAAAAAAAAAAAAAAAAAAUCCAUCCUGGAUAGAUC